AUGCCAACUCAAUUGCCAUGUAUAACACCUAAUGUAAUGCUUUCUGUAGAACCCGAAUUUGAUCAAAUCCCUUAUUGUCUUCUGAUGUUGUCUUCUCUAGCUCCAACGCUGUCUUCUUCGGUUCCGACGGUGGCAUUGAUGUUGACUCUGGUAGAAUCGAACACCAAUCUACGACUCAACACAUCCACAAAACCACCAACUCUUCCUAAAACACGACAAGGCACCAACCCAUCUCUACCACCGGAUGUGGAUUUAAUGGCGCUAUGGAAAAAUAAGUCGACUAAAGAAAUAAUUGAGUUAAUGUCUCAAGGUGUGCCUGCAGGAUCUGAUGUUUUCGACCUUGUUGGGAUUCGUGUGACGAUCUUGAACUGCGGAAGAAGGGUGUUCGACAGAAUGCGUGAACGAGACGUUAAGCUUAUGGCAUUCAAUGAGAAAGGGCUACACAGAUAACGGGGAACCCAAUGCAGUGUUAAUUCGAUUCAAGAAUGCUUCAAACACUUCAAAUCAAUGAAGAACGACUACAAUCUAGAUCCAAAAAUUGAUCAUUAUUUAGGGGUUAUUGAUGUUUUGGGGAAAUAUGGGCAUCUAAACGAAUCUUUUGAGUUCAUCAAAAACAUUCCUUUUAAACCUACAUUUGAAAUAUAGGAAUCAUUGCUGAAUUCUGCUCAAAUCUAUGGUGAUCUCGAGCUCGAAGAUCGAGCCAUGGCAUAUCUUCAACCAUCAAUUGCAUUACAUAAACUUCCAUUACUUAAUCAAUAUGCAAGUAAUAUGAUUUAAGGGAAGAAGAAUAAAGUCUAUGAAUACCGAAAUCGAGGGCGGUGGCCCUAAUGUUCGCUCCACCAUUGUCUUCUCAGCCACCCCCUUCUCUCUGUUUACACCCACCACCACAUCAAAAAUCUCACAUACGCUUUCCAGGAUUCUAGCUUUGGAAUUAGAACAUAGGAGAACUAAAUGGAGUUAAUGACGAAGAAGAAGCUCCGUUGUUACUAUUCGUAAGCCCUUACGUCCCGAUGUAAACUGAUGGAUUAGUUCUAUCUUCGUGGCAAUUAGGUUUUGGCUUACAUGGCAACAAUGAGUCGACUCACCAUUGGGUCAUUGUUGACUAACCUGCCUAGUUAGCAAUUGACAAGGCACUGAAACCUUCAAAAAUAGGUAAAGAUACCAAAUUAACCGGUAAAACACAAGUUCGUACCCUUCAAAGGUAAAAAAAAAUCAUACGGACUAUUUAAACCAAUAUACUAAACAUUGUUAGGCUACAGUGACAAUAACCUAAAAAAAUAAUAUUUAGAAUAUGCAUUAUGAAGUAGGCAAAAAAAGAUUAAGUCCUAGUUUGUUUGCAUCUUAAUACCACUUGAUAAGGGGUAGGUCUGUAAGAUUCAGACUGUUGGUUUACCUCUUAUUUUGUGUUCUUAAUCUAAAUUUUAUCACUUACCGAAUCAGACAGCCCAUUUGAAAAGAAAAAAAUAACGCCUCUUUCUAUUUUACCCUAGUAAUCGACUCGUUUCCCCCUUCUCUUUAUUUCGCAAACGCCGACUCAUCCUUCCUGGCAUCUUCGAUCGUGCGAGCUCUAUUAUCCCGUCCAACAUCAGCCAGCAACCGCCACCUCUUGCGCCGCUAUCUCCGACGACAUCAGACGUUUCUCAUUCUCUCACGCUUUCUAUUCCUAUUUCACAUGACACCUCCUUUCUCCCUCGCACUGCAUCUCCGGUCUGCAACCAUCCGCCAACCCCUUCACCACCAGGCGGCCACCGCCUCGUCCUGCGAUGCCACCUCCGCCAACGCCAUUGGGAGCGCCGCCCUCUAGCUCUCUCAAAUUCAUCAAUAACAGCUAUCCGUAACAUUUUUUCUCCUUCUGAUCCCAAUGGAAUGUGUUAAAAAAAUCACAUAUUGUCAUGAAUCUCAUAGAGAACAAACUGGGUUUGUGAUUUUAUUGAUUCUAUUCCCAUAAGCAUUUUCUCCUUCUUGAGGGACAUUCAAUUUCGUUUCUGAUGUAUGAGAAUUUUGGUUGAGAUUCCACAAAUAAGAAUUGUGGAUCACCUUUAAAAUGAUUGCAAAUUUAUGAGACUGAAUACAGACAGAGAAAUGGGAAUUAGGAAAAAUGGGAAUUGGUGCUUGAUAUCUCUAUUUUCAGUUCAAUCAUUUGAUUCCAGUAAAGGUAAGCACACCAAAGAAAGUUUUUUUUAUGCCUUUGAUUGCAUAAACUUUUUAGUUAUGACUUGUGGAAUGUUGUACAGAUAUACAACAAAUUGGGUGGAUUGUAGAUACUUAAUUCGGUUAUAUAUUUUUCUUUUUAUAUGUUUCUUGUAUGACAUGUUUUUGCUUAAUGAAAUAAGAAUAUUAGCAUGUUAUGGGCUCACUAAAUGAAAGUACAAUGUUAUAUAUUGAACAUGUGGUGCCUAUUAGUGGACGAUAUUUCAUACCCACAAGCGUAGGGAGUUCAUUAACAUUAGAUUUGUUAUGGAUGGAGGUUCUAAAAGAUUUCACAAAGCAACGAAAGCAUGAGUUUUGGGUAUAAUCAAGAAAUGAUAGUGUUAUGUUUGAUUUGGAUUUAUGUUUAAUCUGGAUUUUAUAUGGUG